AAAUCAACAAGAAAGGCUGGAAUGGAGAAUAAUCUUUCUACUUUCUUUAAUUCAAAGAAGAUAAUUAUAGAUUCAAGAUCAAGAUCUAAAUCUAGAAUUUAGUUUUGACAUCGUCUUUUUUAAACAUUAUAUUUUGAUGAACAUCAACAAGGAGUAAAUGUGACAAAGAAGCUAGAGUUCAGUGUUAUAUGUAUGACAAAAUGAGAAUCUUUUCAAGUAUGACAUUUAAAAAAAAAUCUUCAGUAGCCACUGGCAUCAACUUGUAAGCCCCCAGCAAGAAAAUAUUUAGGACCGUCACAUCACAAACUAAAGAAAAUGCUUCUCUUUGUUGUAUUCCGUACAUUUGAUAGAAUAUGGACUUGUAAAACCUACACAAGAGAGCUGGCAAGAUUUGAAAUGGAUGUCUCAGCUGGAGAAAUCAAGCUCAUGUUUAUGGUGGAUCACAUUCUGACAGACAGUCAAGAGAAGGACCUGUAUAUUCAAAACACACACCUCACUGCCUGGGGUGGAAGCUCUCUGCAUGAAACAUUAUCUUUUUACUGUGGAGGCCACGAAAAUUUCCGUCCAAAAAUCGUGAGGAUGGGUCAUAAAAAAGUUGAGGAUGUUUCACAGCCUGUUGAGUCUCAGAGGGGUCGAGUGAGAAGAUUUUCUGUGCCCAGCUUGGAAUUAAAUAUUUUAUCUCCAUCAGAAACUCCAAAAAAUUCAGAAGAGGUGAUUUAUUUUGUCCUGCCGAUGUACAGGUGCACAGUAGUCCUAGAUGCGCACGUCGCGUCUUCUGUUAGUAAUGAGUGCUCACGCAGUCGGGUUUUUCGUAAACGUUUCUGGCAAUAUCUCAAAAAUAGGAAAGGUUUUAGGAAUUGUGUACCAGAAUACCAGUGCUGGACAGAUGAGGAAAGGAAUGCUUGGGACAACUACCUCACUGUUCCUUACAUGAUUGAUUUGGUGGCCAUCUGGCCAAAACAGAAAAUUGACUACAGCUGGAACACCAGAGUACUUGGGUUGCUGAAUAAACACAUUGUGUUAGAAGAAGGAUUUGCUUGGCUGUCAACACUAGGUGGCGCCCAUUCAUCACUCGGAGAAGCCUUCAUAUACCAUGCUGAGAGAGCAGGAGAAAUCUCCAGGCAACAGCUGAAACUAGCACUGGAGUUGGGGAAUGAGAACAUGAUUGCCAGGUGCUACAUCUUCUGGUCUUGGAGUCUUCUACAGCAGGGUCAGCUACGACGCUGUAAACUUUGUGUUUUAAACACAUGGAAGUUCUGCCAAAAGAUCAAAGGUCACGACUGGAUUCUAGAAAACAUGUGUAAAGCAGUCUGGUGCAGACUGCAGUACAAACGUUCACUCAGGCGGAAACACAAAUGUUCCCAGUCUUGGUCCAGUCACAGUGACGGUGGCGGACAUGACUCGGAUAAAGAUAGCUCAAAGGACUCGUCAGGGGGGAACGAGGCAAGGAGCAGAAGGACCAAUUCUUCUUGUCCAGUGUGUGGCGACAAGGUUCUCAAAUCUACACCAAUGGUGGCUAGUUCUGUCAGGGUCCACUAGGAGCAGCUACCACACAGCACAUCAUAUAGUCCGGAGGAUGUAGUGGUAUAAACUGUGAUUAUUUUUUUUUUCUCUUACAAAACUGUUUACAAAGUAAACAAAUUAAAAUGAGUUGUUUUUGC